AUGAAUGAAAUCAUUCAUUCAUUCCACACUGUAUUUGUAAUAGAAGAAGAAGAAGAAGAAUCAACUUGUUGGCAAUCUCAUAUCAUAGAUCAACAAUAUAACCCACCCCAACCCCAACCAAAUCAAAUUUGUACAUAUAAUAGUAACAUCAACAAACAACUUAGAGAGAUGAGCGGAAUAUUAGAAUUACCAUUCAAAUUUUACAAGGUACCAAGCCUUAGAUUAAAGACACCAACAUUUAGUUAUCCAUCACCAAUGAAGGUGUUUGUGAUUGUGUUUGUCACCUACUUUUUAGUGUCUAGUGGCAUCAUCUAUGAUUUCAUCGUUCAACCACCAUCGAUUGGUUACUCGCAAGAUGAACGUGGUGUACAAAAGCCAUCGGUCUUUCAGAUGUAUCGUGUCAAUGGUCAAUUCAUUAUCGAAGGUCUCUCUGCUGGAUUUAUCUUUGCCUUGGGUGCCAUUGGUUUCAUUCUCUCUGAUCUCAACAAAGACAAAAACAACAACUAUAUCUUUAUCGCCGCUCUUGUUUUAAUCGUCGCUUCAUACAAUAUCGCUAUCGUUUUCCUUAGAAUGAAGAUUCCAAACUAUGGUUUCGCUUAA